GCGGGGCGGAGCCGGCGCGGAGAGACGACAAGAUGGCGUCUACGGCGGCCGGCAAGCAGCGCAUCCCCAAAGUGGCCAAGGUGAAAAACAAAGCGCCCGCAGAAGUUCAGAUCACAGCAGAGCAGCUUUUAAGAGAAGCAAAGGAGAGAGAACUUGAACUUCUUCCACCACCUCCUCAGCAGAAGAUCACAGAUGUUGAAGAGCUAAAUGACUAUAAACUACGGAAGAGGAAGACUUUCGAAGAUAACAUAAGAAAAAACAGAACUGUUAUCAGUAACUGGAUCAAGUACGCACAAUGGGAAGAAAGCUUGAAAGAAAUACAGAGAGCCCGUUCCAUUUACGAGCGUGCUUUAGAUGUAGACUACAGAAAUGUCACCCUUUGGCUGAAAUAUGCAGAAAUGGAAAUGAAGAACCGCCAGGUUAAUCAUGCCCGAAACAUUUGGGAUCGAGCUAUUACCACCCUCCCCAGGGUGAACCAAUUCUGGUAUAAGUACACUUACAUGGAAGAGAUGCUGGGGAAUGUUGCUGGAUCACGUCAGGUGUUUGAGCGCUGGAUGGAAUGGCAACCAGAGGAGCAAGCUUGGCAUUCCUAUAUUAACUUCGAGCUGAGAUACAAGGAGGUGGAUAGGGCACGUACCAUUUAUGAAAGAUUCGUUAUUGUCCAUCCUGAUGUGAAAAACUGGAUCAAGUAUGCCCGCUUUGAAGAGAAGCACUGUUAUUUUGCUCAUGCAAGGAAAGUAUACGAGAGGGCAGUGGAGUUCUUUGGAGAAGAGCAUAUGGAUGAGCACUUGUAUGUGGCUUUUGCGAAGUUUGAAGAGAACCAGAAAGAAUUUGAAAGAGUAAGGGUGAUCUACAAGUAUGCCUUGGAUAGAAUUCCAAAACAGGAUGCCCAGAAUCUCUUCAAAAAUUACACCAUCUUUGAGAAGAAGUUUGGAGAUAGAAGAGGUAUUGAAGAUAUCAUUGUCAGCAAGAGAAGAUUCCAGUAUGAAGAAGAAGUGAAGGCAAAUCCACAUAAUUAUGAUGCCUGGUUUGACUACUUGAGGUUAGUUGAAAGUGAUGCUGAUGCAGAGACUGUCCGAGAAGUGUAUGAAAGAGCCAUUGCUAACGUCCCCCCAAUCCAAGAGAAGAGAUACUGGAAGAGAUACAUCUACCUUUGGAUCAACUAUGCAUUAUAUGAAGAGCUGGAGGCAAAGGAUCCAGAUCGAACCAGACAAGUUUAUCAGGCAUGUAUUGAGCUCCUUCCACACAAGAAGUUUACAUUUGCCAAAAUAUGGCUGCUGUAUGCACAGUUUGAAAUACGACAGAAAAAUCUUCCACUUGCUAGAAGAGCUUUGGGAACAUCCAUAGGUAAAUGUCCGAAAAACAAACUUUUCAAAGGUUAUAUUGAACUGGAGUUACAGUUGCGAGAAUUUGAUCGUUGUCGAAAGCUGUAUGAAAAAUUCCUGGAGUUUGCACCAGAAAACUGCACAUCAUGGAUUAAAUUUGCUGAACUAGAGACCAUUCUUGGUGACAUCGAUAGAGCCCGUGCAAUUUAUGAACUGGCUAUUAGCCAACCACGACUAGACAUGCCAGAGGUUCUUUGGAAAUCCUACAUUGACUUUGAAAUAGAACAAGAAGAGUAUGAGAAAACAAGAAACCUUUACCGCAGAUUGCUUCAGAGGACACAACAUGUCAAGGUAUGGAUUAGCUUUGCACAGUUUGAGCUAUCUGCAGGAAAAGAGGAGAGCUUGUCAAGAUGCCGGCAGAUUUACGAAGAGGCUAAUAAGGCAAUGAGAAACUGUGAGGAGAAAGAGGAGAGAGUCAUGCUUCUGGAAUCUUGGAAGACCUUUGAAGAGGAGUUUGGAACUGAUAGCACUAAAGAGAGGAUAGAAAAACUUAUGCCUGAAAAAAUAAAGAAGAGGAGAAAACUACAGGCUGAAGAUGGGUCUGAUGCUGGCUGGGAGGAGUAUUAUGAUUAUAUUUUCCCAGAAGAUACUGCCAAUCAGCCUAAUCUCAAACUACUUGCUAUGGCUAAACUCUGGAAGAAACAGCAACAGGAGAGUGAAGCUGCAGAAAUGGAUCCAGACAAAGACAUUGAGAGCCAGUCUUAAGGUGUUGCCUUCCCCUGCUCCUUUUCUUGGGUGUUGUACACUAUUUUCAGUGGUGACGAAUAAACAUUCUUGAAAGGUUUUACUAUUUUUGACUUAAGAUACCUUUGGUUUGAGAAACAGCACCAUAUUGGAGAUGAUUCUCUUUAAUAGACUCUUGAUUGCCAUCAACUGAAAGGAAACAUCACACAGCAAUCCUGGAAUCCAUACCAGUAGUCUGAGAACUGUAAGAAGUGAAUGGCAGCUCUUGUUUUUAGGGCAAGACCAUCUGUUGUAAGGCUUCUGGAAAGCUUCACAGUACUGCUUAGUUAGUAAGUGCUUAGUUAAGAGAACAGAUCUACUUUCUUCAAUAAGAAAGAUGUCUUCAACCAUUCCUGAUUGAUAUUUUUCCAGUAAUUCUGUAAAAUAUGUAUUGUUCUUGAGGAUAGUUGAAAAGAAAAACUGGUUGACUGCAACCUGUUCAACUUCCAACCAAAGUAAGCAUUUAUCCCAGGAAUCUGGUCAGGAUGGACAAGAAUAGAAGCUGAAUAUGCUGAAACUAACCCAUGAAAGACAAAUUUGCAGAAAUUGGUACCACACAGCUUGUCUAUAUUUUAGUAUUUAAAUAUAUUGGCACCAUAUUUUAUAGCAAAUAAUCUAUUGGGAAAUAAAGUAGAAGUGUAAACAGGC